CAUGGCCACCCGCCGCUCCCGCCGCUCAUCCGGCCUCGGCGCCGUCGAGCACGACGAGCUCGCAGAGUUCGACACCUUCCGCCGCAGACACGCCCGCCAGAACCGCGACAUCAUCGCCGAGAACAUUACGAGAAAGGGCCUCAUCCGCUCGCUGCAGGACCAAGUUGCGUCGCUGCAGGCCGAGCUUCUCUCUGCACAGCGGCAGAACGCGGCGCUGACGCGCGAACUCGCCACGCUGCGGGACACGAGCGGCGCGUUGGACGCGAUCAUUGCCGCCGUUCCGCACCUCAUCCGGCUGCGCGGCACGCUCGUCCCUGCGCCCCGCCGCGCCAGGCGGAGCAUGCAUGCCGCGCCGCGCGCGGCGGCGUCCGGCCCGCCUCCGCUCGGCGUGCUCCCCGAAGUGGACGAGGACACGCCGCGGAGGUACUCGCACGCGAGCCAGGCGAGCACGGACUCGUUCGCCAGCCCGAGUCCGCGGCGCACGCCGCGGCGGCGGCGCAGGCGCGAGAGCGGCCUUUUCCCGCCCCAGCUGGCGGCCACGCCUGAGCCACACGAUGAGGAGGAGGUCGAGGCCGUCGUCACGCCCGUCAAGCAGAUCAAGAAGAGUCCUGUCGCCGUGGAGAGCACGACGCCCAAGGCGUCGCCGCGACGCAGGAGGCGCAGCCCCCGCAAGAGCCCAAGAGCGAGCACCACGCCCGUGACCUCGCCGCUCACGCCUGCGCCGGAGGAGCCCGGCGCAACGACUUUGCCCAGUCCACCACCCAAGCCUAUAAUAAGCUCCGCCCCCUCCUUCUCUUCGGCCGCCUCAGCCCUCGCAGCAGCGUUCUCACCAUCAUCGACGGUGACAUCCGCAUCCGACAACGCGGGGGUCGCUCCUGCGGCCGCACCUGAUACUCAUGACGCGGAGGAGCCUCCCGACCCGCCCUCGCUCGCGAGCUCUACCUCCUCCGUCACGCCGACGUCCCCCACAGAAUCCGCACCAGAGGACGGCCGGGCGCGCCGAGCCCGCUCAUCAGUAUCGUACAAGGAGCCGUCGUUGCGCACCAAGAUGCGCAAGCCCGACGGGGUGUCGUCCGAGGAGGCCCUCGGAUUACGGCCGCGAGGGAGCAUGCUCGAAGGCGUGCGCCGCAAGAGUGCGUUGCCGCGAUCCACGGCCAAGCUGGACUUCCGCGUCGAGAAGGACGAGGAGGCACCGAUACCGGAGCCCAAACCCAAGUCCCCGACCAAUCCCAUAACCACAACAGCACCGCUCGCACCCUCAAGAAUCGUCAAGGAAGCACCGCUCAAGGAGGGGAGUAAGAAGGCACCUGUGAAGCGGCGUAGCAACGCUAUUGCCACGACGGGUGCCACUGGCGCGACCGGCGCAAAAUAGAGAAGCAUCGCAACACCGCGUUCACAUCCUGUUGUACUUGAGUGACCGAUGGAUCAGCUGUACAAAUAUGCGACUGCUCACAUUCUGGAUGUGCGUGCGGG